GAAAAAAGGUAUUCUGACUAGUGUCAUGGCUUCGUCUUUAAACAACUUUACUACUUUUCGAUCAUUUCAUUGCAUCACAUAACAAGGGAAUGGCGUGAGAUCAUAAGUUAACCUGGUGGACUAUGGCAGCGACUGUUGACCCCUUUUCGUUUGCAACAGCCGAAUUGUCGGAAGAAUAUGUUGGUUUUUUCCCACAUCCCGACAUUGUUUUCAGAUAUUUAGAAAAUGUCAGUGAUAAAACUGGAGCACAAUUGUUGUUGGGUUUCAACAAUACAGUCAGUCUCAAAGGCUCCUGGAUGUCUUUGGGUAGGGUGCGCUCUUCCCUUACAGAACUUUUGGCAUCCUACUCUGGUACAGACUACUCUAGUAGCCGCUUGGAUAAAACAGACGAGGCUUUCCAAACAUCUCACCAUGUACAACAGUCGAUUCCAAAUGAGCACACGGUAUGUGCGCAAACCUCAGCACUACCCCAACGAAUUCAAGUCAGUACGAGUGUGCCUUCAAAGAAUUUUCGGAUUCGUUUCAUCCACAAGAACAUGCAGCAAAGACAAAUCCAGCUGCCCAGAAAGUCUCACAAGACCAGGUAUUUAAACCUCCAGAACCACUUGUUAUGUACUCCGAUCUGCAACUUAACCCAGACCCUGCUGCCAAAAACAUUCCCACACUUGAUAACAUUGAGAGAGCUUUGAAGAAUAUGUAUACAAAAAACAAAUUUGCUACUUCAGCUGUAGCCAAGUUAAUUCAGGCCAAAAAGACAUCUUUCACAGAAAAUGAGCCAAAUAAAGUUUCUCCAAUAGAUGUUCCAAGUCAUUUUGGAAGUUUAGAAUCAGACCAUGUUGAUUCAAUCAUUCAAUAUGUUCCUGUUGGAAUUGCUGAGAAAACCACCACAACAUCAAAACAUAAUCCAGUGAUUAAACAAAAAGAAUAUUCUAAAGAAAUGCUGGAGAAUGUGAAGAGUGAAGUUGAAGAUAGUGGCACCAAAGGGGAAGAAAUGCCUGUUCCUGUUUACAGUAAAGUUGAAUUAAGUUUAAAAAAAGUUGACAUUGAUAAUGCUGUGAAGAUAGACAAAAAUAUUACAGCAUCUAAAAAUAAAUUAUAUAAAGAAGAACUAAACACAGGUAAUUUCAAUGUGGAAAAUAAAAAGGCAUGCUUAUCAAAGACCUCUAGUAAAAGUGGAUCAGCACUAAACAGAGCAGAUGAACAAUUGACUGCACCUAUUAUGGGUAAAUCAGAAAAUGCAGAUGAUAAAAGUGAUGUAACUCAAAAUAACUCUAUCAAGAUCAAAAAGAAGGUUUUAAUUGAAAAGGAUAAUGUGAAUAAAGUUAAGCUUAGGAAGAGAAAAAAAAGGACUGUAAAAAAGAAAGAAAACCCAAAUAUAGCAAAGGUAGAAAUAAGUAACUUCCCUCAAAAGAAGAAAAGAGGAAGACCUCCAAAACCACUUUCUCUUUCCUUGGAGGAAAAGCACUUUUUGUGUGACUUGUGUUCAUAUGUUACCAAAAAUCACAGUGAUCUGCACCGACACAAACUAAAGUCUCAUCCGCGAAAUGAGUAUAAGUGUGAGGAAUGUGGUAGAAUGUUUGGAUGUAGUAAGAAUCUAAAACGCCAUCUUGUAAGUCACAGAGGGGCAGAGAAUGCAUGUGACACAUGUGGUAAGAUGUAUAAAAGCCGUCGAUCCCUGGCUGCUCAUUUGAAGACACAUGCUGAAGGUUAUGUGAAGCCUGAAUUUCCUUGUGAAUUUUGCAGCAAAGUUUUUAGCACAAAGUAUGUUUUAGCACAGCAUAUUAAAGCAGACCAUCUAGGCAUGAAGCCUACAUUCUUCUGUCCUGUGUGUGGCAAGAGUUUUACACAAAAACAUUCCUAUUUAGAGCAUGCAAAUAUUCACUUAGGUGUGAAACCAUAUCAGUGUGAGAUAUGUGGUAAAUCAUUCUCAUAUGAUCAAGCUCUUAAAGAGCACAAAUAUAUGCAUGAUGAGACAAAGAGAUUUGAGUGUCUUAUUUGCCAUAAAAAAUUCCGUCAGCGCCGUGCUUUGUCCAUUCAUGUUAAGAUUCACAGUGAUCACAAGGACUAUGUCUGUUCAACUUGUGGCAAAGGUUUCAGCCAGAAACAGGCAAUGAUCCGCCAUGAACGGGUCCACACAGGACAAACCCCAUUUCUUUGUGCAACUUGUGGUCGAAGCUUUGCUGAUUCCUCUGUGUUAAGACGUCAUAUGAUUUUUGUCCACAAAAAGAAUUCUAAACUGCCUCCAAAAAAUCAGGAAGCUAUUUCGAAUAAUGCUACUUUUUCAGUGACACACAUUCAUGAAAUAAAAGAAUGCCUGCCACAGCAGUUUCCAUCCCCAGUUAUUCAAGAAAGGUCUACAGAACAUACUCUGACACAUUUAUGAGAACGAGAAUGCUGCAUUUAGCCCAUUAUUUGUGUGCUGGAAGCAGUGAUAGUUUGGACUACAGUCCUUGCAAACUGUGUAGUGCACGCCACAUGUCUAUUCACUUUUGAGUGAUAUAUUGCUUUUCUAUAGAUUCAGGAAAUUUUUUUCAACUGAAGUGUGCAAAGCAUGUAAUUAUUUGUUUCACUCCUGGUAACCAAUUCCUACCUUUGCAGGCCUGCAACUUUGAUGUACAAAAGUAAAAUGCAAAUCAUUCAAAUUGUUAUCCUGUUGCUUCAGAAAUAUUGUAAUAGAACCCGUUUUGCUCUUUACAGCUCCAUGACAUUAUGCAGUUUAAGAGAUUUUUUUUUCCUCCAUCCCAUGUUCUUCUGGUCGUAAUUUUUAUCAUGCAUGAUAGACAAUUAUGCUAAUUUAAACUGCAUUAACUUUUUUGUGGAACAAUGUCGCAACAGUAGGUGAUAACUACUUGGUGUAUGUGUGUGAGAGAGAGAGAACACAUCCGUGUGUUUUUAGAUUCUUGAAUGCAAGGUAUGGUAGCUUAAUACUAGUUUAGUAACUUUAUGAAUGUUCUGUUAACAAAUAAUUUUGCAUUUAAAGUUACAGAUGUGCAAAUAUUUAAUAUUAAGCCAUACUUUGGCAUCAAGAUGUACCUCUUUCCAGAAACUGUUGCAAUAACAAUAUUCCAUUAUUCUGCCUUGUUACAGUCUACCUGAAUCAUGCAUACUUUCCCAUGUUAUAGCACCUGUGUAUCACAGUGGUUCUCAAAGUGUGGUCCACGGACCACUAGUGGUCCGCAGGCAUAAGUCAGGUGGUCCGCGGCUGAAGUCAUCAUAUGUCAGCAAAGUGAUGUUUAAAGUGAUGCAUUCCUCGCAUAAAC